AUGGCCGCCCUAGUCCGCCAGCUGCAGCGUCUCCUGCGGGGUCCUUGCACGGAAGAGGCGGACAGGGAGCCUGGGGGCUCGGAGGAGGGAGAGCGCGCGGUCCCCGCCGACGGCGGCCCGGGACCUCGGCGUCUCCUAGCGGCGCCGCGCUGCUUCCAGAGGCCGCACGGGGGCGCGUCGUCGUCGCGGGGCCUGCGCUUCGGGGCGAGCUCGGCGCAGGGCUGGCGCGCGCGCAUGGAGGACGCUCACUGCACUUGCCCGUCUUUAGCCGGGUCGCCGCCGGGGCUCGGCGACUGGGCUUUCUUCGCGGUGUUCGACGGUCACGGCGGGGCUCGAGCCGCCCGUUUCGGUGCACGUCACCUCCCGGGUCUCGUGCUGGAGGAGCUGGGCCCCGAACCCCGCGAACCCGAAGGCGUACGCGACGCCCUGCGCCGAGCCUUCCUGCGCGCCGACGAGCGUCUGCGCGCGCUCUGGCCCCGCGGGGACCCCGGCGGCUCCACGGCGGUGGCGUUGCUGGUGUCCCCUCGAUUCCUCUACCUGGCUCACUGCGGGGACUCCCGAGCCGUGCUGAGCCGCGCAGGCGCCGUGGCCUUCAGCACCGAAGACCACCGUCCCCUCCGACCCCGCGAACGCGAGCGCAUCCACGACGCCGGUGGCACCAUCCGCCGCCGGCGCGUCGAGGGCUCCCUGGCCGUGUCGCGUGCGCUCGGGGACUUCGCCUACAAGGAGGCUCCGGGGAGACCUCCCGAGCUGCAGCUCGUUUCUGCCGAGCCCGAGGUGACCGCCCUGGCCCGCCAGCAAGACCACGACGAGUUCGUGCUCCUGGCCUCCGAUGGCGUGUGGGAUACCAUGUCCGUUGCUGACCUGGCCGGGCUGGUAGCAUCGCGACUCCGCCUGGGCCUGACCCCGGAGCUGCUCUGCGCGCAGCUGUUGGACACGUGUCUGUGCAAGGGCAGCUUGGACAACAUGACUUGCAUCGUGGUCUGCUUCCCCGGGGCCCCCAGGCCCUGUGAGGAGGCGAUCCGAAGGGAGUUGGCCCUGAAUGCAGCCCUGGACAGCAGAGUCGCUGAGUUGUGCGCCUCUGCUCAGGAGCCCCCUAGCCUAAGCUCGGUGUUCAGGACUCUGGCCUCAGAGAACAUUCAGGAUCUGCCUCCUGGCGGAGGCCUGCACUGCAAGGCCAUCACCAUCGCUGAAGCUUAUACUAGACUCUGCCAAGCCGCAGAGGGAAACCCGCAGACGAGGCGGGACGGGGCCGGGAAACUCACCAGCACCCCUUUGGCCUCUGACAUGGGUGCCUGUCAACAGCUGUUCUCUGGCCCGCGGGGCUGAGGAAGAAGGCUAUAUGUUUCCCUGGACAUGUGAAUCAGCAGGAGGCAGAGGAGUCAACGGAGGAACCCCAGGACAUCUAUUUCCCCCUUCUGCUGCUUCCCCCCUCUUGCAGGAGUCUUGUGAGAGGCGGGAAAUUCCACCACCACCACACACACAAACCCAACUGAAAGUUUCUGAAACCUUUAAAACCAAACAGAGCCUGAGA